CAUGGUGCUGGGAGUGGUGGUGGGCAGCGGCAUAUUCGCCACGCCAGGCGUCGUGCUGCUGGACGCGAGCGGGUCGCCGCUGCUGGCGCUGCUGCUGUGGCUGCUGGCGGGGGUGGUGGGGUACGCCUGCUGCGAGGUGUAUGCAGAGCUCGGGAGUUUCAUCCCUCAUGCAGGCGGUGAUGGGGAGUACUUGCAGGUGGCGUUUGGAGAGCUCGCGUCGUUUGUCUUCAUGUGGAUGUUCUUCUUUGUCUCUACCUGCGGGGCCCUCUCCAUUCUUGUUGUCACGUUCGCCCGAUACGCUGUCGCUCUGCUACCAGGGGCAGCAGCAGGGGGCGAGGAGGAGAUGGAAGUGAUGGUGAUGGUGGUGGGAGGGGGGUGCGUGCUGCUGCUUACUCUUGUCAACUGCUGUGGAGUUGAAGCAGGCACGUGGCUGCAGAACCUCCUAUCGCUCUCCAAGGCGCUCCUCAUCGCCAUCAUCCUCGCCGCCGCCCCGGCCUUCAUGCUGCUGCACGGCCCUGCCACUGCCACCGCCAACCUCCUUCAGCCGCUGCCACCGCUUGACUCGCUUGACCUCAGCAGGCUGGGUGCUGGGCUGGUUGCGGCUAUAUGGGCGUUUGACGGAUGGAACUGCCUGGGCUUUCUAUCAGAAGAGCUCAAGGACCCAAAGAGGGACCUGCCUCGCUCGCUCUCCAUCGGCAUGCUCAUUGCGGUCGUCAUCUGUCUGUCUGCCAACGUGGCAUAUCUCUGCAUCCUUCCCGCUCAAGCCAUAGGCAUAUCUCAGGUGGUCGCAGUGGAUUCAGUGGCAUUGGUGUUCGGCCCGGCAGCAGGCAGGGUGGUGGCACUGCUGGUGGCUUUCAACGUGCUGGGCUCGGCUAAUGGGACCUUACUCUGCAAUGCACGAUACUUUUACGCCAUGGCAAGGGAGGGUCGCCUCCCUCGCUUCUUUUUGGCUGUCACCAAAUCUGGCGCUCCCUAUGCCGCUCUCUGCCUUAUAGUGAGGUGGCUGGACCAUGGUUCUGCUCUUCUUUGCAGCCAAUCAGCUGGAGAAGCAUUGCCGCGUGGCCUUUCCGCGGAGCAGAAGCAGCGGCACUACGAGGCGAUAACCUGUUCUGUAGAGCCGUCACAGCAGACGACUUUUGAGGCGCCUCAAAUAUGGGCUUUCCACGGAGCAGAAGCUACAGCACUACGAGGCGAUAACCUGUUCUGUAGAGCCGCCGGAGCAGCUGCAACCCGCACUCACCAAGACCUGCGCGUGUUUCCUCCUUCCCACUGUGCCUCCCAUCCGCAGCUUCUAGACUAUUUCGGCAUUGCAACGUGGAUAUUCUAUGGGGCGGUGGCAGCAGCUCUCUUCAAGCUCCACAACCCCACACAUCUCCCUCCUAUGCCCACCUCAUUCCUUUCCCCUCAGCUUCUAGACUAUUUCGGCAUCGCAACGUGGAUAUUCUAUGGGGCGGUGGCAGCAGCUCUCUUCAAGCUCCACAACCCCACACAUCUCCCUCCUAUGCCCACCUCAUUCCUUUCCCCUCAGCUUCUAGACUAUUUCGGCAUCGCAACGUGGAUAUUCUAUGGGGCGGUGGCAGCAGCUCUCUUCAAGCUCCACAACCCCACACAUCUCCCUCCUAUGCCCACCUCAUUCCUUUCCCCUCAGCUUCUAGACUAUUUCGGCAUCGCAACGUGGAUAUUCUAUGGGGCGGUGGCAGCAGCUCUCUUCAAGCUCCACAACCCCACACAUCUCCCUCCUAUGCCCACCUCAUUCCUUUCCCCUCAGCUUCUAGACUAUUUCGGCAUCGCAACGUGGAUAUUCUAUGGGGCGGUGGCAGCAGCUCUCUUCAAGCUCCACAACCCCACACAUCUCCCUCCUAUGCCCACCUCAUUCCUUUCCCCGCAGCUUCUAGACUAUUUCGGCAUCGCAACGUGGAUAUUCUAUGGGGCGGUGGCAGCAGCUCUCUUCAAGCUCCACAACCCCACACAUCUCCCUCCUAUGCCCACCUCAUUCCUUUCCCCUCAGCUUCUAGACUAUUUCGGCAUCGCAACGUGGAUAUUCUAUGGGGCGGUGGCAGCAGCUCUCUUCAAGCUCCACAACCCCACACAUCUCCCUCCUAUGCCCACCUCAUUCCUUUCUCCUCAGCUUCUAGACUAUUUCGGCAUCGCAACGUGGAUAUUCUAUGGGGCGGUGGCAGCAGCUCUCUUCAAGCUCCACAACCCCACACAUCUCCCUCCUAUGCCCACCUCAUUCCUUUCCCCUCAGCUUCUAGACUAUUUCGGCAUUGCAACGUGGAUAUUCUAUGGGGCGGUGGCAGCAGCUCUCUUCAAGCUCCACAACCCCACACAUCUCCCUCCUAUGCCCACCUCAUUCCUUUCCCCUCAGCUUCUAGACUAUUUCGGCAUCGCAACGUGGAUAUUCUAUGGGGCGGUGGCAGCAGCUCUCUUCAAGCUCCACAACCCCACACAUCUCCCUCCUAUGCCCACCUCAUUCCUUUCCCCUCAGCUUCUAGACUAUUUCGGCAUUGCAACGUGGAUAUUCUAUGGGGCGGUGGCAGCAGCUCUCUUCAAGCUCCACAACCCCACACAUCUCCCUCCUAUGCCCACCUCAUUCCUUUCCCCUCAGCUUCUAGACUAUUUCGGCAUCGCAACGUGGAUAUUCUAUGGGGCGGUGGCAGCAGCUCUCUUCAAGCUCCACAACCCCACACAUCUCCCUCCUAUGCCCACCUCAUUCCUUUCCCCUCAGCUUCUAGACUAUUUCGGCAUUGCAACGUGGAUAUUCUAUGGGGCGGUGGCAGCAGCUCUCUUCAAGCUCCACAACCCCACACAUCUCCCUCCUAUGCCCACCUCAUUCCUUUCCCCUCAGCUUCUAGACUAUUUCGGCAUCGCAACGUGGAUAUUCUAUGGGGCGGUGGCAGCAGCUCUCUUCAAGCUCCACAACCCCACACAUCUCCCUCCUAUGCCCACCUCAUUCCUUUCCCCUCAGCUUCUAGACUAUUUCGGCAUCGCAACGUGGAUAUUCUAUGGGGCGGUGGCAGCAGCUCUCUUCAAGCUCCACAACCCCACACAUCUCCCUCCUAUGCCCACCUCAUUCCUUUCCCCUCAGCUUCUAGACUAUUUCGGCAUUGCAACGUGGAUAUUCUAUGGGGCGGUGGCAGCAGCUCUCUUCAAGCUCCACAACCCCACACAUCUCCCUCCUAUGCCCACCUCAUUCCUUUCCCCUCAGCUUCUAGACUAUUUCGGCAUCGCAACGUGGAUAUUCUAUGGGGCGGUGGCAGCAGCUCUCUUCAAGCUCCACAACCCCACACAUCUCCCUCCUAUGCCCACCUCAUUCCUUUCCCCUCAGCUUCUAGACUAUUUCGGCAUCGCAACGUGGAUAUUCUAUGGGGCGGUGGCAGCAGCUCUCUUCAAGCUCCACAACCCCACACAUCUCCCUCCUAUGCCCACCUCAUUCCUUUCCCCUCAGCUUCUAGACUAUUUCGGCAUCGCAACGUGGAUAUUCUAUGGGGCGGUGGCAGCAGCUCUCUUCAAGCUCCACAACCCCACACAUCUCCCUCCUAUGCCCACCUCAUUCCUUUCCCCGCAGCUUCUAGACUAUUUCGGCAUCGCAACGUGGAUAUUCUAUGGGGCGGUGGCAGCAGCUCUCUUCAAGCUCCACAACCCCACACAUCUCCCUCCUAUGCCCACCUCAUUCCUUUCCCCUCAGCUUCUAGACUAUUUCGGCAUCGCAACGUGGAUAUUCUAUGGGGCGGUGGCAGCAGCACUCUUCAAGCUCCGAUGGGCCUUCCCCAACGGCCCAAGGCCGUAUGAGGCUCGUUUCUACCCGCUCCCUCCCGUGAUUGCGCUCGUCGCUGCCGUGUGA